GACCGCACGCCUGCAGUGUGCAUGUGCCUGCUCGGCUGCUACGACGCCAUGAGCAAAAACCUGGGCCACAAGAUGACUGCGGAGCGGAUCCUGCCGCUGAUGAUGCCUUUGCUCGGGGAGGAGGGCCUCUCCUUCGAGCAGCGCGGAAGCCCGGA